CUGCCCGGUUCGAGAUAUCGAAGGGUCGAGAGUCGCGAGGUCUCGAGCGCGAGAUCGUUCGACCGUAACGGGGGCGACUUCUCGACGGUCCAAUUGGCUUCGAUAAUUGCAAAUGGUCGUUUAAUAACAGAUGAUUGAACGCGUUCGGCGGCGCGGCGGCGUGGCAUUUAUCUGUCAAAAGCGGUGGCGGCCGGCCGACGAAACGUUGUGAUGCGCCGCCGGCUGACGCUGACGCGCGUCCGUUGACCGUUGUACCGGCCAGACGUGGAUCUGCGGAGGCUCCGAGGGCGAAGCUCUUUACUUUUCCCGGCUCCGGUAACGACGGCGGGCGACGGGGACGACGACAGUCGACACACGACCGACGGCGGCGACGACGCGGCGGGAGAGCGAGAGAGCGACAGAGAAGGCGGGACGCGCGAGAGACGAGCGUGCGGAGCGGGCGACCUUUGAAUAACCGACGCGUACGUUUAUUAUUAUGUGAUUGCGGGUUAGGCGCGCGGGUUCACGACGGCAUAACGAGGCAGACGACAGGAAGAAAGCUGUAGGAAAAUGCGGAGCACCGACGUUUUCUGCUAUCUCAUCGUGGCGACUCUCGCCGUUCUGUCCACGCUCGGUCGUGCAGAGAGCAACGACGAUGCACACACAUUGAAACCGUGUAACAUUUCGGAUCUCACCGUGCAGUGCGGUAAAAAUCAGAGGUGCCGUGUAACCAGCAAUGGCAAACAGAUGUGCGAUUGUCAACGAGAUUUUUAUUUGGUUGAUGGUGAAUGCAUUAGGGUAUCAACAUCCACGAUGGCAAAUGUCGACGUUACCACCCUCAAGCCAGAGCAGAGGUCCGAGUCAGGAGGUAGCUCUGUAGCCGCCGGUCUGCUAAUACCCACCUUCCUUAUAGUAGUCGGUGUACUACUGUACUUCGGCGCGAGACGAUACAAAUGGCUACAACGAUUUCGGCAGUAUCGUCACAAUCGUUACGGCAAUGUCAUAGUCACGAGAGACGACGAUGACGACGAUGAUCCACCGAUAGCGUAAAAUGAUAAAUAAAAUGUAAGAGAGAAUUAUAGAGAUGCACAGGCCGCGUACCAAACGAUCAAACUUGAAUAGAUGCAGUGUAUGGUUGUGUGUUGAUAGAAUGUACACAGUUACGAGGCUGUAGUGUGGACUUUGAUACGGGAAUACACACACAUAUAUAUAUAUUCGGUUGGUGACGCUUGUUUGAUUCCUUUAAGAAUCGUUACCACGUAAUUCCGUGCAAGUAUCAGCAGGGAUAUAUCUAUUAGGUGCACAAGAGGCGGGAGAAAAAAAUGAAUUACGAGGCCAAAUGUAAAGAUGCACUCGCGCGAGUAAUUAUGCUUUUAUCAUUAAUUCGAAGAUAGAUUGGCUGCGUUUAGCAGAACACAACAGUUUUGCAACCGUUU